GUACCCUAAGCGAAGAGCCCAAAGCUAGCCAUGGCAGCAGCAUCAGCAGCGAUGACUGCACUUCUUCGUCCUUCAACCUCCCCUCACUUCCUCAAACCUAAUAAGCAUCGCCUCAGUCCACGUUUUCCUCGUCUCUGCAGUUUCUCGUUGCCCUCAUCAACCCCCCAAAACCUAUCAACAACCCCCCAAACCACCAUUGAAGCUCAACCAAAACUGGCCAUCACCAACGUCGUCGACAUCCUAAGUGAGCGCGGCCUCGUGGACUCCAUGACAAGCGACGAUCUGCGCUCAGUGUGCUCUAAUCCCAACAGUAUCCCGCUCAAGGUUUAUUGCGGCUUCGACCCGACGGCAGAAAGCUUGCAGUUAGGAAAUCUAAUCGGAAUGGUGGUUCUUUCAUGGUUCCGGCGAUGUGGCCAUAAGACCAUUGCCGUUAUCGGUGGAGCCACUGGCCGGGUCGGUGACCCAUCCGGAAAAAGUCUAGAGAGGCCAGAAUUGAACGUGGAGACCAUAGAGAAAAAUAGAGCGGGAAUUAGGGCUCUGAUCUACAAAAUUCUUCACAGAGCUAGCGUGCAGGUGGAUUUAGAGAUGGGUUGUAUAAAAGAUGAAUAUUUGAACCCAGAAACCAACGAGUACUGUAGCUGUUUUGCGAUGGAGGAUAAUUUUAACUGGUGGAAAGACAUAACGUUGAUGGAUUUUCUUGGAGAAGUGGGCCGAUUCGCUAGGGUUGGAACUAUGAUGGCCAAGGACAGUGUGAAGAAGCGGCUCAUGUCUGAGGGGGGGAUUAGUUUUACUGAGUUCACCUAUCAAUUACUUCAAGGUUAUGAUUUUCUGCACAUGUUUAAAAAUAUGGGUGUAAAUGUUCAGAUAGGUGGGAGCGAUCAGUGGGGAAAUAUUACUGCUGGAACUGAGCUCAUAAGAAAGAUUUUGCAGGUGGAAGGCGCCUAUGGACUGACUUUCCCUCUUUUACUAAACAAUGACGGGUCCAAGUUUGGGAAAUCUGAAGGUGGCGCAAUAUGGUUGUCGCCGGCCAUGAUGUCACCUUAUAAAUUCUAUCAAUACUUUCUCUCUGUGCCGAAUGAGGAUGUUGUGAGGUUUCUGAAGCUUUUGACCUUCUUGGACUUGAAGGAGAUUCAGGAGUUGGAGGAAACUAUGAGGAAGCCUGGCUAUGUUUUGAAGUCGGCCCAGAGAAGGCUUGCAGAAGAAGUGACGCGCUUUGUUCAUGGUGCAGAAGGACUUGUCGAAGCAAUGAAGGCAACAGAGGCUUUAAAGCCGGAGGUGUUUGAACUUGUUUGAAUGCUGGACCUGUUGAAAUGGAGCUGUUAGGUAAUAUGAUGCAUGUGUGUUUGGUAUGUUUGGUAUGUGAAGGAUAAAAAGCUGAUAUAUAUCACUUCGAUAUGUGAAUAAUGUGUGGUAUGAAUAAUUGAAGUGAUUAAUGGUCGGUUUGGAUAUGUAAUAUAUGGUGACGUAAUAGUUAUGUUUAUUAUGG